GUCGUCUCUCUUGGCAAUCUGUGAACGGGGGUGGAAGUCCAUGCGGCAACUACCGGAAUAUUCGUGGUGGAAGUAGCGAGUCGCGAGAGCUCCCGUUGAGAAGGGAGAAAAGAUAAAGAGAGGAGAGGGAAAGAAACGGGUACGAAGCACCGGUGGAGAAGGCGUUAUAUACCGACUGGAUCCUCGUUCAACCGUCAGUCUCUUGCCCGAACUCGCGGCAUCGACAUCGCGAACACUGCAAACACGCAACUGUCAGAGAUCACGAUUAUCUGAGCCGUGGAAGAAGUGUGAAGGCGAAGAGAUUCGUCUGUUCAAAAAAGUUUAUGCUUUGAGCUCGUGUUUUUGUCCGCACUCUAAAAAAAGGAUAAUCCCCAACAGAGAGGUUGGCUGCUUCAGGAUCGCUUAGCUAGAGGCGUCUUCUUCGUGGAAUUGUCCGAGGUCGGGUUAGGUCCUGAGGGAUUGCCAUGGCCACCUACGCUACAUACAGGCACGUCGAGCUUGACAAUGUCGGAUAUGGGAAGAAAAGAGUGUUGAAACCACCUGGCGGCGGCAGUAGUGACAUUUUCGGCGCGGCUCCGGAAGAGACGAGCCCACGGCGUAUCAAGGCUCACAAUCAGUCCCAGCUAGGUUCAGCCCUCUUCGGCGAUACCACUGAUAACGUGAACGCUGCCGUGUCGCCACGCAACAACAAGCCCGGUAAUGAUUCAUAUAAUCGCCUGUUUGGUCCCCCCGAUGUCCCACCCACCACCCCAAACGCGAGAAAUCACAUGCGCAGCAAUAUUCCCCUCAGCGGGGGAUCGUCGAUCUCGUCGUUGUCGUCGUUGACAUCACCUGCGAAGAGUACGGCCAGCAACUCGACGUCAGGCAUCGCUAAUGGCUAUCUCAGCAACGGCAGCAACUCCUCCAAUGAUUUGACAGCUUUUAGGAGAAAGAAACGAUUUCGAGGAUUACCGACACGCAACCCAGUCACCGGAGAUGGAAUCGAGGUGAUGCCCGUAAGGCGCAUGCCACGAAAGUAUCGAGAUGGCAAUCCGGUAACCGGAAUCGGCUACGCAUCCGAGGUGCAGAAGAACGGAUCGGUCAUGCAGAAUGGAACCGCCAGCUCAAAUUCUAGCAGCAACGGCGAGAAAUCAAACAACACGUCACCGGUGACUGUGAAGCCGCCGAUGCGCAAUCGCGUCCCACCUGGUGGCUAUUCAUCCGGACUCUGGUAAAGGACGAUGUCAUCACCGGGAUCGUCAUGUCCCAUCCCAUCUUCCCAUCGGAUGGGUGCACCCCAAUUAAUUCUUUCGGUUCUUUAACCCAUUAAAACCUGCAAUCCACCUAGAGCCUUCUAAUCGUCCGUAGAGCGUUGCAAGCAGAAGAAGUUUAUUUUGACACCAUAUACUUACAACGAUUGAUAAUACUUUUUCUAUGAUUUUUCUUAGAGAUAUGAGAGGGAGAGGGGGAGAGAGAGAGAGAGAGAGAGAGAGGAGGGGAAGGGCAAAAUAUAUGUGGGUUUUAGUGGAUUAGCACUCUAGACAUUAUUCUCCUUCGCUUUAUACUAAUUCGAGGAAGUACAUAGAAGUAUACAUAAAGAAAGAGUAUAUACUUUCAGCCUCUUAAUUCUCGAUGAGAAAUUUUUUUGGCCUUCAGAGAAAACAGUAAGAUUUUAAUUUUAGAUGUAACUAGUUCUUUCAAAGACAUUUAGCAACGUUUGAUGUUUAUUGUCCCGAAAGGAUUCAAUAAAAGAGCGAGAGAAGUAAUAAUGAAAUCAUGGAACCCUAAAUAUUUGCAACACAGAAAUGAGCUAGGAGUCGUGUUCGAUCAGCAAAUGAUAGUAGAGAUCGUAUUUAAAUAAAUCGAGAUUAUAUUUCCUGAAUUUUCUAGAUUUUAAUCACGCAUCCUAUGUUCUAUUUCACAUGAGAUUAAGAAGAUUAAUCAUGCAAAAUUAAUUAAAAUUGAAUCGAGAAACAGAACAAAGAUAGAGUAAAAACAGAAGUAUCUCUGGAUAUUUAAGCUUCUAUAGUUUUCGUCAACAUAGAACAAUUGCGCAAGGGUGAACAUAAGAUUUCCGGGUUUCUUGAACAUAAAUUACAGGUCUUUCAAUUAAUAACGGCGGCAUAGAUUUUAUUGCGUAACUGUAUUAUAAGUAUAUUAAAGCGAUCAUCGCUGUGUAUGAUACAUACCUUCUCGCGCCAGUCGGCGAACGAAAUCGUAAAUCACUUCGCUAGAAAGCAUGAUUUCCUAUCGGCAACGAUUUACAUAUAAUAAAUCAUAUAAAUAAAUGGCGCAGAACAAGUAAUUCUUAAAAGAAGCAAAAGUAUCUGUUUUUAAAUGAAAACAGUAAGAAAAUAUCUAAAAUAUAUAAGAUACUUGUGAUUCAACGAACUAGAGAACAAACCUAAAAAGGAAAGACAUUUACGUUUAGUUUAUAUUUUGAAAUAUUUGUUGAUAAGCGCGCUUCUUUGUUAUAUCAGUCAAUAAAUUAACUACAAAGCUUGUAAUGUAACUCGAAUGUUAAAAUCAUUGCACCCUCCGCAACAUUUUAUGAUAUUUGAUUUGUUGAUAUUUGUCAACAAGUGUUUGGAUAUUUUUACUCGUGCUUUUCGAAAUCCAUGGAGCGAUCGCGGCGUUUUGCUUGUUUCCAGUGUUGCGUGUCAUUCCAUUUAAUCAAAGAAAGAGUUCAUUACCUAGAAGUAAGGGCUAAUGCGAUACGUAUAUUCAAGUACACGCAUACAGAAGAAUACCGAGAUUAUAGAACUACAAUUACUAUAUACGAUGCGGCGUUUGAUUAGAAAUGAGAACAGGAAAAAAAAUCGUUGCAUUAAUUAAUCCUGCCAAGUGUCAAACAAAUAUAUCGAAGAAAAAACAUUAAAACAACACACAUAGGAUUAUUAACAUUUUAAAUAGAAUAACCGCGAAUUUAUAAUAAAAAAUAGGAAGGAAAAUUCAAGUUGCGAACAAUUGGAAACGUGAGAGGAAUGGACUGAAAAGUAGCAACAGCGCGUUUGACAAUGAAAUUGCGAGAUGGAGACCUCGGAGCUGUACAUUAGAAAUAGGCAUGUGUUAUGUCGAGAAAAUAAAAAGUGUACUAUAUAUAAACCAUUAAAACCAA